UCGGGCGCCGGCAGGAAGGCAGACUCCAGCGGUCAAUCGGGCACCGCGCAACACAGAGCAUAGCGCGUCACUACACUCCGUUUACGCUGCACGUGCUCGAGGACCCGGGGACACCGGGGCCGUCGGUCAGCGCGCUCGCACUCAGGUGCGACCACCCGGUACAAACACGAAAAACUUUUAACCACAUUUGUCGGACGCUUUCACCUGCGACUCUCCUUCGCUUGGAGGAGGAAACUUUUCACCGACGGCUGUAUAGAUACACGCCUCUUCUUCCGAUCAGCGUUGUUCAGCGGCGCCGAUCGCCUGUCGUCGAUCGGAAGUACGACCGAAGGUCGCUUCGAAGACGGGGUGUCGCGCGAUUUUAUACGGCGUUAAAAUCUUUAAACAGUGCGCGAAAUUUUCCGAAGUGACCAGCGUAGAUCCGACGUCAGUUCGAUAUCGUCCGACUCUCCAGUUUUCCAGUUUGUUGAUAUUAUUAUCAUUAUCAUUGUUGUUGUUGUUGUUGCUGUCGUCGUCGUCGUCGUCGUCGUACGCACCUACGUUCGAGCAACAUCAUCGCAUCGCGGUCGUCCUCGUCAUCGUCAUCGACAUCCGUUAAGUCGGACGUCAGUAGAGCGCAGAUUGUUGAAGAAGACGGAGGUCGGGACCAUCGAACCCCGUCCAGAGCAGGCACCGGGGGACUCGUGUGCAGAUCAUUUGAAGAGGAAGAUAUUUUGCCGACGCGAUUAUUUACGUACGAUGAUAUAAAAGAAACGUUAUACACCCCACACCCCUCACUGCGAUAAAUGAUAAUAAUAUUGGUACAGUGUUUAUAGUGUUAAAUCGUGAUUUUCGUGAGAUUUAUUUUUCAACGCAUAUAUAUACAUAUAUAUGCAGAGCUGUAUUUGAAUAAUAAAAUUAAUUAUUGUAAACGUAUUGCGAUUUAUGCAAUAAUUUAAAGAUAUACUGCAGUGCGUGUUAUACAAUCCGUGAAAUAAACUUGCGACCGUUUCUAUAUAUAUAUAUAUAAGAAGAAGAAGAAGAUUAAUCGUAUAUAUUGUGAUUUUUUGCUGGUGAGAGAGUAACCGGCUUUACAACGGCAAUUCUCGAUUCGCACUGUGUUAGCGUGGCCGGCGGAGGCGGUGGACGACUUAGUCUGCAGUUACGUCCGUGCGGUUCCGGGAGCGGGGGCGCCGGAGACGGCGUCUCGGAAUAUCCGCCAAGUUCCGCGGCAACAAGAAGCCGGGAAGCCGCCGCGGCGGCAUUGCACGCGGCAAGGACUCUGUUGGGGGCGGGGGUGGCCAACCCUUGCUCUCCCACCCCCGAACCACCCUUCUGGAAGAUGCCCCAUAAAGAGGAGGACCUCAUGCACGGAGGGGGUGGAGGUCUCGGGGGUGGUUCCAUGGUUGGGCAAAACUCGAUUUUCGGAUGCUCGGCGGCCGGACACAGCGGAGUCAAUCAACUCGGCGGUGUUUACGUGAACGGUAGACCGCUGCCCGAUUCCACCAGGCAGAAGAUCGUCGAGUUGGCCCACAGCGGCGCCAGACCCUGCGACAUAUCCAGAAUUCUACAGGUCAGCAACGGAUGCGUCUCCAAGAUACUCGGAAGGUACUACGAGACCGGUUCGAUAAAACCGCGAGCCAUCGGCGGAAGCAAGCCGAGGGUAGCUACGACCCCGGUGGUCAAUAAAAUAGCCGAUUACAAACGCGAGUGCCCGUCCAUCUUCGCGUGGGAGAUACGGGACCGGCUUCUUCAGGAGGGAGUUUGCAACAACGACAACAUACCGAGCGUCUCGUCGAUCAACAGGGUACUGCGAAAUCUCGCGUCCCAAAAGGAGCAGCAAGCCGCCGCGGUCCAGGCGCACCAGGGCGCUGAAAGCGUUUACGAUAAGCUGAGAAUGUUCAAUGGACAAGCCGCUGGCUGGCCACCCGCUUGGUACUCCGCCACUCCGCCUCACCAUCCCCUCGCACCGGGAAUUCCAUCUUCCGCCGCCCCCGGUUCGGGCCAGUCGUUACUGCCCGGAGGUCAGCUACACGGACGGGACGAUUCCCUGCUCAAACGGACCGACACCGGAUCUCUGCUUUCUCACCAACAAGAAAGUACGUCCGACGGUAAUUCCGAGCACAAUUCAUCCGGCGACGAGGAUUCCCAGCUGAGGUUAAGGUUGAAAAGGAAACUACAGCGCAACAGGACCUCUUUUAGCAACGAGCAGAUAGACAGCCUCGAAAAAGAAUUCGAAAGGACGCAUUACCCGGACGUGUUCGCGCGGGAACGUCUCGCCGAGAAGAUCGGUUUGCCCGAGGCACGUAUCCAGGUAUGGUUCAGUAAUCGCAGGGCGAAGUGGCGCCGCGAAGAGAAACUUCGUAACCAAAGAAGAGCAGCGGUCGACCAGGUGGUCGGGGGUGGCACAGGGGGUGGCGUCAACGGAUCCGCACCACCGGCCGCGACCCCCGCAACACCCAGACUCCCCCUCAACGCCGGAUUCAACGCCAUGUACUCCUCUAUACCGCAACCGAUCGCCACGAUGCCCGACACCUACAGCUCCAUGUCCGGCAGUCUGGGCGGGUCGAUGGGCGGAAGUUGCCUGCAGCAAAGGGCGGAGGGUUACCCGGCCUACGUGUUCCACGAGCCGUUGCACUCCCUAACGCAAUCCUAUUCUCACGCGCAUUCCGCGGCGGCACAUUCCCAACCGCAUCGCGGAAUCCCAACGUCGCACGGCGGGACACCGUCGACUCCUGGGGGACAAUCGUCCGGACCCGGUAGCGGAACGUAUCAGCCCACGACGUCCACAGCCACCGGCGUGAUAUCGGCGGGGGUCUCGGUUCCGGUGCAAAUACCGUCGCAGAAUCCGGACCUCACGGGCAACUAUUGGCCCCGGCUCCAGUGAUCACAGCUAUUCGGGUUCCCGGCCACGAGUCUCCUCAUAGGCCAGGAGAGCCCGCCUCAUCCUUCAGCUGCUCCGGUCCCACGACCUCUGCUGGCGAGUCUUGGCCUUGCCGGGCAGCACCCGCAACAUCACACUCAGCAUCAUUCCCAGCAUUCUCAACACCCCCAACUUCAACCCAGUCCGCCCGCCGCCGCUACCUCCGCUCACACGUCGGACGGUAGCGAGUGAGCCACGCCAAAAAGGUGGUCCAUUCGACGGCGACCUUCGACCUCGAGAGAUACGGAGGCCCGGGUCAAGCAGGGUAAACCAAAUAAGAUUUUAUCAUUUUAUCGUAUAAAUUAUUAUUCGAUUACGGUGUACAUCGAGCCGCUAUAUUGCCCAUCACUCGUUCACAUGUGCCAUGUUGUACGUGGAUUGUACAAAAAUAUGAUAGGCAUUAGGUGAAGCACUUGAAAGAUUUUCGGUCUUACUCUUUCGUUUAUUUAUUGAUUUUUUCUUCUUUUGUUUUUUUUUUCUAUUCGUAUUUUAUGUUACUUUAAUUUCGGAGGCUGUGAAAUUUUCUUCACGCGCACCUUCGACAGGUUUUUUUUUGUUUCAUUAAUUUUUUCGUUCAACGCAGUGAACACGAUUGAUAGUAUAUUGAAAGAUAAUAUCUCAGAGAUUCGCGACGCGAGAGAAAAAAAAAAAAAAACAAUUUUUCGAUCUUCGAUCGUUGUACAAAAAUACAAAUUGGAAUAAUAGCGAAAAGCAUUUGAUACGUAUACAUAAAUGAUAUGAGUUAAUUGUGUAUAUAAAUAAUGUAAAAUAGCAUUUGUUACCUUCGGUAGACGAUAUAUAUAUAUAUAUAGAUAUAUAUAUAUAUAAUAAUAAUUUAUAUAUAUAUUAAUUAGUGACGUUGCCAUAUUGUACAUAAAUAUUAAUUACAUAAAACAGUUUGCCAGUUUAUACGAUUUCCUCAUACCCCUAGCCGCGUCGAGGGGUGCAUUGCAGUAUCAGAAUUUUUCUGUUCAUUUUUUUAAUUCUUACCAGACAAAAUUUUAGCCUAUAUCAUUCGUUUAAUUGUACGAUUUUUAUCACUUGUUUUAUUUCCGUGCUAAUAGGCGGUAUACGCAACAUUUUUUUCUCACCGUUAUAUUUGCAGCGAUACUUUUUAUAUUAUAUGUAGUACCUAUUCGAUCGUGAGGAAUCCCGAGAGUGGUUUUCACUUUUUAUUGAACGAAUUCUUGGUGUUAACGUCGGUAUUCCGGAUUUUAUUAUCCGAUCCCUCUUUUCUUUUUUUUUUUUCUUUUUUUUUCAUUUUCUUUUUAUAUUCUGCACUUGGGGGAACAACUACACCACCUAAUACGAAUUCGAAGCGGUUUGACAGAGUCGCCAUACAUACGUACGCGUAUAUAUAGGGUCGAAAAAGAACUGUUUUCAUGCGCAGAUGCAUUCAGUAUAAUAUAAACGAUAUAAAUAUACAUACAAUACCAAUUAUCAAUCAAUAGAUAACGAUCGGGAAUCAAAAAAAAAAACAGAAGUAUAUAUAUAUAUAUACACACAUAUAUAUUAAUUGAAAUAUAGUUGUGAAAACUUUAUCAAUAAUUAAUUACGAAGUAAAUAAUAAUAAAAUUAUUACAUCCGUCGCAUAUUUUCAGCAGAACACGAGGCAUUUAAUACAUUGAAUGUGCUAUAUAUACCUAAUUGACCUCGUCUAUUCCAUUAAAAUUAUACGCACGGGGUUAGCUUGAUUAUUCGAUGAUGAUAAAUCGGUGAGUAUUUAUGAUUUGAGAGAAAUGAAAGAAAUAACAAAUAAUUAAAAACGAUAAGAAAUAAAAUGAAUUAUAAGCAGACAAAAAGAGAACAAACAAUAAGUAAACGACGAUAACACAAAAAAUUUGUAUCAUACAAUAAAAAUAUAUAACGAAUGAAAAUAAUAAACAAAAUAAUGUAAAUAUAUUAUUAGUAUUGAAUUUAUAUUUUUGGACAAAAUGAACGAGAAUAAAAAUGGUUAAAGUUAUCGAUACUUGUGAAAACUUUCGUAAUAUACUAUACAUAUAAUUGAAUAUUAUCAUUGAUAUGGUAGCGUUGCUUUCAUUUCGCCGUAUGUACGAGUUUUUGAUCGAUCCUUCCGGUCAAUGACGGUAAAUUAUUACUCAUGAUACUUCCGUGUGUUGAACAGCGAUCCCUUCGACCUUUGAACUGCAUAAAUAAAAUAGGUACAGUAACGAAGAUAAGAAAAAAAUAAUUGAAAAAAAAUAAAAUUAAAAAAAAAAAGCAAAAAAAAAAAAAAAA